AGAAGAAUUGUCCACUUGUUUAGCUGAAAAUGGCGGCAUUUAUCGAUAAGGAAUAUAAAUGCAUCAACUUUUCUGAUUAUAGCUCUCUUUACCAUUAACCAAAAAAAGAUUUAAGCGAGAUUCGUAGACAAAUGUAUCCAAAGACGUUUAUUGUUGGUUUACAAACUAAGCCAAAGAUGAGGCGACUAUGAAAUUGGCUGAAAACUAGCUGGAAGGUUGUAUGUAUCUAUCCGAGGGCCUUAUGUCAAAUUGGAUAUGUAGUACACUAUAUACCGCGUAGACGCUUUUGAGACAGAUAGAACUGCUGGACAGGUAACGUUGAUCUCAGCUCAGCCACUCUACUGUCAUUACAUUUCCUAGUUGGAUCUUAUAUCCGUAGAAAGUUAUAUUCCAACUAUUUAGACCUGAGAGACAUUAAAUGUGUUUGUAAUAAUGAAACAAAAAGUUGACUCCAUCUACUAUACACACUCAUCUGCAGUAAGAAAGAGCCUGAAGUUGGGAAGACCUUCUUGUGCUUUUUUCUAUAAAGUAUUCCUGUUACUAAUGCUUAAAAUAAGCAAUUAGUGUUUUAGAAAACGAAUGCUGUUAAUAAUAGAAUAAUAAUAAUAAAAGAUAUGGCCAAGGUAAAGAGAAGUAAAAACGGUUGCUAGGUAAUUCAUAAAAAAGAGGAGUAUUAAGCAGCCCAAAUGUUCUCCUCUACUCACUGCUAGUUUCCAAAAGUCUGGAGCAUGGAGAGAGAAACUGACAUCGUUCAGCAAACAGAAGAAAAAUCUGUUUCUCUGGAGGAUGGGUGCACGUCUGAACCAAUUGUUUUCAAGGAAGAUGAGAUUCCAAUCCCAGAGACAAAGGAAACAUCAAUGGUGACAAAAAUGAAGAAUGAUGAAGUAACAAAUUCUGAGCCGGCAGUUUUGCAGGAUGUUUGUUUGGGGUCAGAGGUUGCAGGCCAGAAGAUGGAAGGCUGUGGAUUUGAGGUAUCAAGUCUGCAGUUCGAGAUGAGGAAUCUGCAGCAGGAACUGGGAAAAUGUCAGAUUGAACUGAAGAGAGUGCAAAAGCAGCUGGACCAAAGUCUAAGGUUACAGAGGAGCACAGAGAGCUUCAACCACGACCUAAGACAGCAGGUCGAGGAGCUUAGUGCCGAGCUCCAUGAGCGGAAGAAGAAAGAGAAGAGCCGAGUGGAAGUGGAGACACAGACUGACGAAUACACCCAGAUUGAAACAGAUUACAGUUAUUACUACAGUGGAUACUAUCAGGCUGCUGCAGAGCCCAUGCUUAAUGCUCACACUGAAAUUCAGGAGACAUCUGAUAUGUAUGCUGUUACAACAGAGGCAGCAACAGCCAGUGAACAAGAGUCAGAUCAAUUGGCCAACAUGGCUGACACAGAGGUGGUUGACAGCAGCAGCUCAUCAAUAGCGGCCAUGUUGAGGGCCACAGCAGAAGAGGCAGUCACUCAGACGGGCUUUGUUUUUGACGAGAGCUCAGGAAUGUACUAUGACCAUUCUACUGGCUUCUACUAUGACUCGAGCAGCCAGCUAUAUUACGAUGCUAACACAGGCAUCUACUACUUCUAUGAUCAUUCUAGUGGAAAGUAUGAAUUUCAUUCUCGAAUUGAGCUGUCGACAGUACCAUUAGGCCAAACUGAUAAUGACCAGGAGAAUGUCAACAAAUGGAAGAGUAAAAGGGCUGCAGAGAAACCAGAGCAUCCAGAGGCCCAGAACCACCGUGGGGUGAAGGAGAAGCCCAAAACUGUAAAAGAUCAAGAGGAGCAUGGCAUGGGGAAAAAGGGUGAGAUGGUCACGCGAAAAAAAGGACGACAGUCUCGGAGCAGGACACGCCAGUCACGCUCACGGAGCAGGACACGCAUGUCUCGUUCACGGAGCAGGACACGCCUGUCUCGUUCACGGAGCAGGACACGCCUGUCUCGUUCACAGAGCAGGACACGUCUAUCACGUUCGGGGAGCAGGACACGCCGAUCUCGAUCACGUACCAAGUUGCAUAGACGGAACAGGACACGCUCUGAAGACAGGAAGAAGAAAAAGAAGAGGAAGAAGAAGGCUAAGAAGUCGUCGCACUCGCACAGAGAUUUGAGCUCACACGCUGCUAAUAUGGACAACGAAAGUGAGCCAGAAGAAGGCGAGAUCUUGCAGUCCAGAGCAAAAAAUGGUCAUUCGUCGUCGUCGUUAUCAUCAUCCUCCUCCUCAUCAGCAUCUCUUUCUCCCCCUCCAGUUGCCUCUCCAGCAUCAAACAGCCCAGAGAGAGACAUGCAACAAGUUGAAGGCUGGCCUCCAUGCGUGAGAGUGAUUGUGGUUCGCUCUCCUGUUCUGGAACCCGGCACUCUUUUUAUCCUCACAGCUGACAGCAUCGCCACUAUCGGCCGAGAGAAGGAUAUGGACCAUGCCAUCAGGAUUCCAGAGAUGGGAGUCAGUAAGUGCCAUGCAGAGGUGUAUUUCGAUCAGGAUCAGCAAUGUUACAUGUUGGUAGACCGGGGCAGUCAGAACGGCACAGUGCUUAAUGGCAACAGAAUUCUACAGCCUAAAGUGCGCUGUGAUCCUUGUCCUUUAACGCACGGAGAUGAAGUGAAGCUGGGUGAAACAGUUUUAUCCUUUCACAUUCACAUGGGUUCUGACACAUGCGACGCUUGCGAACCUGGACAAGUUCGAGCUCACAUAAGCUUCCGCCGCCCAGAGGAAAACACGGGCACUGUGUUGAGUAAGGAGGACAAAGAAGCACAGAGACUGAGACAGCUCAAGCAGAUCAAACUUAAAUAUGGCCUUAAAAACAGUGCAUAUGAAGGUGGCGGUGCAUUGAGCAAUAGGUACAAGGACCGAGCGGAGAAUCGGAGGCAGACAGUGGGAAGUGAGGGAACCUUCUACAGAGAAGAUGCUCCUGCAUCGGUGCAUGUAGAGAUCAGUGACAAGAACAAGGGUCGUCAGAUGUUGGAGCGAAUGGGAUGGAAGAGUGGAGAAGGACUAGGCAAAGAUAGAGGAGGCAUUACUGAGCCUGUUGAGGUUCAGGUUCGGGAGCCUCAGUCCGGACUGGGCUGUGGAGCGAUUUUUGCAGUCGAUCAGGUCCCUGCUGGCCGGACUAGAAGACAGCAGAACUGGGAGCAUGCAAGGGAGCGCUUUGCACAUGCUGACCCGAGUCAUGACAAGCCUGAAUCAGGAGACACACCGCUAACUGAUCCUUAAUCCUUUCUUUGCAGUCUUAUAAAUUAAAACUAUGAUUAAUCAUUUUGAGGACACAGUCCCAGAAGUGAACUUAUAAGGACUGAGUAAAUGAGAUCAUAUGAAAGAAAUAAUUACAGAAUAAAUUGUAAAUUACAAAUAUUCUGUAAUGUUUGUAUCUACUGCUUGUAUAGUUUUGUUAAUAAAUGUGCAAAGCUGCA